CCUCCGUUUGUACCUUUUGCUCAGAUUAUAUAUAAGUGGCUUCCCUAAACUUGAUGCAUCCUUCUUUCUCCUUCGUUUCCGAACCCUGAACCUGCCAUAGCCAAAGCAAUAGGUUAGGACAUGAGAUACACAUAGCAGCCAAAACGCAGCGUUUGGGAACUGACACAUCGCUUCGCACGCUUGUUGAAAGAAUGGGCACUGUUCGAAAGCUGAUGGUGGAGGUCGUGGACGCUCACAACCUGGUCCCCAAGGACGGGCACGGAAGCUCGAGUCCCUACGUGGUCAUUGACUUCUAUGGUCAGCGGAAGAAGACUCGGACCUUGGUUCGCGACCUGAACCCGGUCUGGAACGAAACGCUGUCGUUCAACGUGGGCGCGCCCUCCAACAUCUUCGGCGACAUGCUCGAGCUCGACGUUUACCACGACAAGAACCACGGCUCCACGCGCAGGAACAACUCCCUCGGCCGCAUCCGCCUCAGCUCCACGCAGUUCGUCAAGAAAGGCGAAGAGGCUCUCAUUUACUACGAGUUGGAGAAGAAGCACUUGUUCAGCAUGAUCCAAGGCCAGAUCGGAUUGAAAAUCUACUACGUCGACGAGCCGAUUCCCCCUCCGCCGCAGGAAAAACCCGAAGAACCACCGGCGCCGCCGUCUCAACCGCCACCGGAAGGUGACAAACCAAAAGAAGAGGCGCCGGAGAAGGAAAACGCUGAACAAACUAAGGAACCAACAGAAGGAGAUGAAAAGCCAGCCGAAGCCGAACCUGAAGGUGAUAAACCCUUAGAAAGUGAGGAUCACGUGGAUGCGUCACCACCGGAAGCAUCUGUGGAGCCUGACGUGAAUUUAGAUGUGAAGGCGGCGUCUAUUUCGAGGUCAAAUUCGGAAGUAAGGUUCAGCGGAAUGAACGGUCCACAGCCGAUCAGAAGGUCUGCAUCAGCGGCAAGUUUUGCUUCAGAAGCUUCCACGGAAAGCAUGUUGAUGGAACGUUCCACGUUUGAUUUGGUGGAGAAAAUGCACUACCUAUUCAUCCACGUGGUGAAAGCGCGGUACUUACCCACCAAUGGAAGCCCGGUGGUGAAGAUCGCGGUAUCGGGGCAAAACGUGACGUCCAGGCCAGCUCGCAAGACCACGCUAUUCGAGUGGAACCAGACCUUUGCUUUCGGCCGCGACGCACCGGAUUCCUCCUCCAUCCUCGAGGUCUCCGUGUGGGACCCACUUUUGUCUGAUGCUGAUGGUAACGGACGUAGCUUGCUGGGUGGAGUGUGUUUUGACGUGAACGAGAUUCCCGUGAGGGACCCACCGGACAGUCCUCUUGCCCCGCAGUGGUAUAGAUUGGAAGGAGGUGGGGCCCUCCACGGGGACCUCAUGAUUGCCACGUGGAUGGGAACGCAGGCUGACGAAUCGUUUCCCGACGCGUGGAAAAGCGAUACCUUUGGUCAUGUUAACUCCAAAGCCAAAGUUUAUCAGUCGCCAAAGUUAUGGUACCUCCGAGCAACGGUUCUCGAAGCUCAAGACGUUCUUCCGUUAACAUCCAAGGAAGCGGGCCUUCAAGUGAAGGCGCAGCUUGGAUUUCAGGUGCUGAAAUCCAAAACGGCCGUUACUCGAAACGGCAGCGUUUCAUGGAACGAGGACUUUAUUUUUGUGGUGGCGGAGCCUGUAAGCGACCACCUCGUGCUCACUUUGGAAAACCGGCAACACAAAGCGCCGGUGACAAUGGGCGUUCUGAGGAUACCUUUAAUCUCCAUUGAGCGAAGGGUCGAUGACCGGAGCGUCGCGUCGCGGUGGUUCACCUUCGACAGCCCCAACGAGGAGAACAACAAGAAGAGUGGCAGCUACAAAGGCAGGGUGCACCUGCGCUUGUGCUUCGACGGCGGGUAUCAUGUGAUGGACGAGGCAGCUCACGUGUGCAGCGAUUACCGCCCCACGGCAAGGCAACUCUGGAAGCCUCCGGUUGGCACGGUGGAACUCGGCAUCAUUGGUUGCAAGAAUUUGGUACCAAUGAAGACUGUAAACGGUAAAAGCUCCACGGACGCGUACUGCGUAGCCAAGUACGGUAACAAAUGGGUACGUACGAGAACCGUUUCAGAAAAUUUAGAGCCCAAGUGGAAUGAGCAGUACACGUGGAAGGUGUACGAUCCUUCCACUGUUUUAACCAUUGGAGUAUUCGACACGUGGCAAGUGCUCGACGUUGAUAAAGAUAACGAUCUCAGCGAGCCUUCAAGACCUGAUUUCCGUAUAGGAAAAGUGCGAGUUCGUAUUUCUACGCUUCAAACAGACAAAGUGUAUAGAAAUACGUACCCGCUGCUGGUUCUAACUCAUGCGGGACUAAAAAAAAUGGGUGAAAUUGAGAUAGCCAUAAGAUUCAUCCGCACGACUCAACGGCUAGAUUUCCUCCACGUGUACUCGCAGCCGAUGCUGCCGUUGAUGCACCACAUUAAGCCAUUAGGGGUUGUCCAUCAGGAAGCGCUGAGGAGCACGGCGGUGAGAAUGGUGGCGGGACACCUGUCGAGGGCGGAGCCGCCGCUGAGGAAGGAGGUGGUGCUUUACAUGCUGGACGCUGAUUCCCACAACUUCAGCAUAAGGAAAGUGCGCGCCAAUUGGUACAGGAUCAUAAACGUGGUCGCGGGCGUCAUCGACAUCCUACGGUGGAUAGAGGAUACACGUGGAUGGAGGAAUCCAACGGCCACAGUUUUGGUUCACGCGCUUUUGGUUAUGCUGGUGUGGUUCCCCGAUCUAAUAAUUCCAACUUUCGCUUUCUACAUUUUCGCUGUGGGCGCGUGGAACUACAGGUUCAGGGCGCGUGACCCGCUACCGCAUUUGGACCCAAAGAUCUCGCUGGCGGAGGUGGUGGACAGGGAGGAGCUGGACGAGGAGUUUGACGCGGUACCGAGUGGGAGGCCGAACGAGGUGGUGCGUGCGAGGUACGAUAAGUUGCGCACGCUCGGGGCGCGCGUGCAGACGGUGCUGGGGGACUUCGCCACGCAGGGGGAGCGCGUGCAGGCGCUGGUCACGUGGCGGGACCCACGUGCGACGGGGAUAUUUGUCUUCCUCUGCUUGCUCGUGGCGUUGUUGCUAUAUCUGGUGCCGUCCAAGAUGGUGGCUAUGGCUUCAGGUUUUUACUAUCUCCGCCACCCGAUCUUCCGCGACCGCUUGCCCUCGCCGGCGUUGAACUUCUUCAGACGGUUGCCGUCAAUGUCGGAUCGGAUUAUGUAGACUUGUCAAAAUAAAGUAUGGUGUCGUAAAAGUUCGUUACACACAAGUAGAAAGGCAUACGUAGAUAUGAAAUAUGGAUUUUCGAUUUUCUUUUUUAAUUAUUGAACGAGUAUUCACAUUUUAUUUUAUGGAAUUGUGUGGUUUUUAGUCUGUGGAGCUCCGUUUUUGAAUUAGUAAAAUGUUAAAUAAAAUUUUAAAAUUAAAAUGAUCGUCAUUUUAAUUU